AUGACUUUUAAUGAUUUCAUUUUAUUUGCAUUUUCCAAUGGAGCUUCUAAUGGUAAAAGAUUUAUUAUUAAGUCAUCAUUUGAUACUGAUGUAGAAGAAUAUUUACUCAAUCAACUUAUAG